AUGCAGGUGGACAACGAGAUGCUCGACUCUCCCACGCUCAGUGCCACGACUCCCAAGAGCCGCGGGCUGUCGAGAAACCCUUCCUUUUCAGGUAGCAGCAGCACCUACCAGGAUGACUGGGACGCGCUGCCGCCGCUCGACCGCCUGACGGUGCUCGACCUCCUGGACAACUUUGCCCUGCCGCAGCAGCUGGAGAAGCUCCAAAGGGGCAUCUCCGCCCAGACGGACAAGGUGCGGCGGUCCCGAGACGCCUUCAAGUCAAAGACGCAAAACGCCCGCGACCGAAUGGUGGAGGAAUGGAGGCGGCGCGUGCCCUCGGCCGACGAGCAGCUCGAGCGGUACCGGAAGCGCAUGCGGCAGCGGGUGGACAAGCUCGGCAAGCAGUGGAACGACACAAAGGCCAUCAGCCUCCGGGAGAAGAUAUCCUUCAUCUGCGGCGUUAUGAACAUCUUUGCGAGCGGAUACCUCAUGGGCGGCUACCCGGAGUACUUUCACAUCUGGUACACCGUCCAGCUGCUCUACUUCAUGCCCAUCCGCUUCUUCACCUACCACCGCCGCGGAUACCACUACUUCCUGGCCGACCUGUGCUACUUUGUCAACGUGCUGCUCAUGCUCAGCAUCUGGGUCUUCCCGCAGUCCAAGCGCCUCUUCACGGCCGCCUACUGCCUGGCCUACGGCAACAACGCCGUGGCAAUCAUCAUGUGGCGCAACUCGCUCGUCUUCCACAGCUUCGACAAGGUCACGUCGCUCUUCAUCCACAUCAUGCCCUGCGCCACGCUCCACUGCAUCGUGCAUCUCUUCCGCCCCGAGGAGCAGAUGAAGCGCUUCCCCGCCAUCUUCACCAUCAAGCACGCGAUGCCGGGGUCGCCGACGGCGUACGCCAACGUCCUGUCCAUGCUCGCGUGGAGCACCAUCCCCUACGCCAUCUGGCAGCUGGGCUACUACUUCUUCAUCACCGUGCGCCGGAGGGACAAGAUUGCCGCCGGCCGCCCCACGUCCUUCACCUGGCUUCGCAAGUCGUACGCAAAGACGUGGCUCGGCAAGUUCGUCCUGUCCCGCCCGGCCGCGCUGCAGGAGCCGGCCUUUAUGGUGAUCCAGUACCUGUACGCCGUGCUCACCAUGCUCCCCUGCCCGCUGUGGUUCCUCAGCCGGUGGGCGUCGACGGCGUUUUUGCUCGUCGUCUUUGGGUGGAGCAUCUACAACGGCGCAACGUACUACAUCGACGUCUUCGGCAAGCGCUUCCAGAAGGAGCUCGAGGCCAUGAAGGCAGACGUCCUCAAGUGGCAGAACAGCCCGGAGACGCUGCUCCAGUCGCCUCAGAUGGCGCCGCAGCACCACGUCGUCGUCGUCGACGGGGGGCCGCCCGCGCAGGCGACGAGUCUGGACGCGCAGCUCGCGCCGUCGCCGAUGAGGCCCGACGCGGGCAAGAAUCGGUCUGUCAGCCUCGAUCACAUACCGAUGCUCGAUGACAACUUCAAGAUGGGGGCUACGGGUGUUGAUAGGGGCGAUGAGGGCGCUGCGAGGGAGCGCAAGACGACGGGUCAGGACUGA